AAAGAAUGUCUGUACUACAAACGCCGCCGAGAAAUACAAUAGCGAGAGUUAUCCAAAAGAAACUGAAAAAUAUUGCAGUUUUGAAAACAUCCGCAUAAUCUUGGACGACGCACAGACUCCACAAAGCGUGGGUGAAAGUAAUGGAGCUGAACUACAGUAAAAAUAACUGUCAGUGUUGGUAUAAGAAGAUGUAAAAAAAGUUCCUUUGUCUGAUGUAAUAAUAUAUAACCUGUCGGAACCUGUACCAGACAGCGACGCUACUGGAACAACAGCGACGUCACAGACGCGGGAGCGGGAUGAGUGGGCAGCGAGAGAGGGAGAGUCAGUCAAUUGUGAACCACCGGAUUGAUAAGUCGUAUUACCGAAGAACGAAUAAAACAGAUCAAUAUCAGAAGCUCAGCGUGUAUCAAUUGUGUAUUUUCGGGGUCUUUACAUUGGCGACGAGUUUGCAAACAAAACAUGGCUGAGCACAAUUUGAAACCAUUCUUAUGUGAAGGCCUAGAGAAAUCAAUUCUGCGAAGUGAAUGGGAAAAAUGGUUACGAGAGUUCGAUAUAUUUCUCGAAGUCGAGAACGUAACAUCGCCAAGGCAAAAGAGGAAUAAACUUCUACAUAUUGGAGGAGUGCAAUUGCAAACUGUUGCGUUUUCCUUGCCAGAUGCUAUUGUCGAUGGAGCAGAUGGAAUAGAUGUGUUUCAGAUUUUAAUUGACAAGUUGAACACCUACUUUUCCCCUAAACAAAACUCUACAUUUGAGAGGCAUUUAUUUCGCAGCUUGGCUCCGUUAGAAAAUGAAGAUUUUUGCGGCUACGCCAACAAAUGUAUAAAUGCUCAUUUGAAGUAUCUAAAACCGAGAUAGAGGAGAUUUGCCUCAAAGAUAAAAUAAUUGACUCGUGGGCCCCUAUAGAGUUAAAGAAAAAACUGCUGGCCAAAGAACAUUCUCUAGAUGAAAUAAUUGAAGCAUGUCAAGUGGAAGAGCAGAUUAAUAAACAGUCUGAGGUAAUGGUGUCGAAAUCUGAUGUCGACGCAAUUAGGAAGAUUUCUACUCGGAAGACAAAACCACAAGGGGAAUGUUCAAGAUGCGGACGUUUUGGUCACGCUAGUUAUGACUCAUCAUGCCCAGCAAGGCAAGCAAAAUGCAACAAAUGUUCAAAAAUUGGUCAUUUUUCCCGAAAGUGUAGAACCACCCUGAAGAGACGGAAUUCUCAGUGUAAUUUUGAAAAUGUUAAGAAACGUAAGACGAAUGUUCGUUGUGUGGAGGGCGAGAACACAGAGCUCAAAUUGGAAAAGGAGAACACAAACUGUUUCAAAAUAGCAAGUGAUGAGGAAGAAGAGUUUAUAUACUGCCGGGUGGGAGGCCAGAAAAUUCCUCUAGUUAUUGACUCAGGAUCAAGGUUCAAUCUCAUCAGCAGCUCGGAUUGGCAGCUGCUACAAAAGAAAGGCGCUAUAAUAUUCAAUGACAGAUCACAUUCUGAAAAACAGUUUCGAGGCUAUGCUUCUGAACAAUUGCUUGAGGUAAUUCGUAUUUUUGAGGCACCCAUUUCGGCUGAAAGAGAUAUUGAAGUGAUUGCGACAUUUUACGUUAUCAAAAAUGGUCGACAAUCAUUGUUGGGGCGAGACACAGCUAUACAACUCAAUGUCCUUCGCCUAGGUUUGAAUGUCAACCGCGUUGAAGAACCUACACCGUUCCCAAAGUGGAAAGGCGUCAAAGUAAAACUAUGCAUAGAUCCCGAGAUUAGGCCGGUGCAACAGCCGGUAAGAAGAAUUCCGGUAGCUUUAGAGGAGAAAGUUCAUGCUAAGCUGGAGGAAGCCCUUGGACAUGACAUAAUCGAACCAGUUUUAGGUCCAAGUUCUUGGAUCUCUCCCAUCGUACUGGCAUUUAAAGAGAAUGGAGACAUUCGGUUAUGCGUGGAUAUGCGAUUGGCAAAUAAGGCAAUUUAGCGAGAGAACUACCCUUUACCUAUUUUUGAAUCAUUUAUGACAAAGUUAAAAGACGCAAAGUUCUUCUCCCGCCUUGAUCUUAAGGAUGCCUAUCACCAAUUAGAAUUGGAAGAGUCUAGUAGGGAGAUUACAACAUUUAUAACGUCAAAGGGGCUCUUCCGAUAUAAGAGAUUGAUGUUUGGGGUGAAUUCGGCUCCUGAGAUUUUUCAGCGCCGGCUGGAAACACUGUUAGCUGCAUUCCCGAAUGCCAUGAAUUACAUCGAUGACGUGAUCAUUUUUGGUGCCAACGAACUCGAACAUGACGAAACAGUAAAAGCAGUUUGCAAAGUCUUUAACGACAAUAAUGUUUUAUUAAACAAACAAAAGUGCAUUUGGAAAACAAACAGGCUAAAAUUGUUGGGGCACAUUUUGUCCGACUCGGGAAUCGAAGUUGACCCCGAGAAGAUAGAGGUUAUUAAGUCUUUUAGAGCCCCCAAGAAUAAGGAAGAAACCCGCAGUUUUCUCGGCCUUAUUACAUAUGUGGGAAAAUUUAUUCCUGAUUUGGCCGAUAACACGGAGCCCCUACGCCUAUUAUUACGAAAAGACAGCAUAUUUCAAUGGGGCAACACCGAGGAAAAGGCUUUUCAAAAGUUGAAGUGUCAUUUAGCACAUGUUCCUAAUCUUGCUUAUUUUAAUCCAAAGAACCGCACCCGUUUAAUAGCGGACGCAAGUCCUGUAGCUCUUGGAUCGGUCCUUCUGCAGUUUGAUGGUAAAGGCGAUCCGUUGAUUAUAUCAUUUGCCAGC